AAAGAGACUCAGUGCGCAUGUGCAGCUGCGUCACACAGGAGGAGAACAACAUGGCGCUGGUUCCGUACGUAGAGAACUGUUCCCCUCUCCUGUCGAAGCUCCACAGCGCGUCCGCCCAGUUCGAGUUCAACUCCCAUCGCGUCACUGUGUCCCAGGACUGGAGGAGACAUGGAGUGGCUGCUGUGCUGUGGGACGCGGCUGUGGUCCUCUCCGUGUACAUGGAGCAGGGGGGGGAGCUGACGCUGAAGGGGAAGCGGGUGAUUGAACUGGGAGCUGGAACUGGACUCGCGGGCAUCGUAGCUGCUUUGCUGGGAGCUGAAGUGACCGUCACCGACCGAGCGUCGGCCCUGGACCUGCUCUCCACCAACGUGAAGUCCAACCUGCCUCCAGGCUGCCAGGGCUCAGCCACGGUGUCCGAGCUGACCUGGGGUCAGGGCCUCGACCGAUACCCCGCCGGGGGGUUCGACCUGGUGCUGGGGGCGGACAUCGUUUACCUGGAGGACACGUUCGUGGCGCUGCUGCAGACGCUGGAGCACCUGUGCUCGGACGCCACCGCCGUGCUGCUGGCCUGCAAGAUCCGCUACGAGCGGGACACUCGCUUCCUGGAGCUGCUGAAGGAGCGCUUCAGGGUGGAGGAGGUGCACUACGACCAGCAGAGGGACAUCCACAUCUACAAGGCCUGGAAGCUGCCGGAGCCCCGGGCGGAGUUAUGACACAUGGAACUGGACAUUUUACCAGAAACACAUUUAUUACCAGCUGCCAAAAGUGUAAUAUUUGAAUAGCUCUGACAGAAUGCACUGUAUCAUACAGGUUGGUGCUGACACUUAGAAACUGUAUACAAAAAUCCAAAAGCAACCUAAAAAAGCAUAUAACUGUCAUGACUAUACAUAAUACCUAAAAGACUGUCAGCGUGAACACGUCCACUCGGCUCACUGUCACGUCCCGUGCUCACGUGUGGACACUUUCCUUCCUCUGAAUCGAUCCGCUGCUCAGUUUCAUUUAGUUUUUCUUUGAGAAGAUGGUUGUGAUAUUUCAGUUAAGGCUGAGCACACGUGAAUUUCAGUGAUUUUACCGGCUGUACCGGUAAUGACCCCUCUGCAGGAUCACCUUCAGAAUCUUUAAGAGUUUGACUUCCUCUAGAUCUGGGACUUAAUCAACACCAGCACAUUGUAUUCCCUUCAGAAUGAUCCAGGUGCUCGGUUCAGGUCAGUGUUUAUUAUUCAUAAGGGGCAUCGUGUGUUAUUCCUGCUCCUGAUCAGAAAGUGGAAGGUCCAUGUUUAGUGAUAUUUACAGAAUCUGGUGGUUACACUGGUCUGUUAGUGUUCUCAGGCAGACACAGGAGGCACUUGUUUAUUCUGUUGUGUUGGUUCUUUGUUGUCUCUAGAAGUUCAGAUGCAUUAGUCCAUUACUACUUGAACCUCAGCAUCUGGGCUUCAACAGUUGUACAGUAUAUUUUUUAUAACUUUGUUAUAAUUUUCCCAGUCAGUUGAAAUAAACCCUGAAGAGAACAAGG